UAUGUAUGGCCACAACCAAACCACGUUUUAAGAAUUAUUAUUGAAUCCUUCCGACAAGAUGAGAACGGUUCAAUAUUAAAAUCCUUGUUCACCACCACAUAAAUUUUCACGUUCAAACUCACCACACUUUCAUUAUCCUAUAUACCAACAGCUAGUAAAGCCAAGAUUCCUCUAACUUAAGGCAUCUUUGGAAUCACACUAUAUAGUCACAGUUUCACACCGUCACUCAGAAAGAAAAAGAAGAUGAAAAAAGCACAAGUGGUGUUUAUCCCUUUUCCUGGCGUGAGUCAUUUAGUUUCCACUCUCGAGUUCGCCAAGCUUCUAAUCAACCGCGAUAACCGUCUCCAUAUAACCGUCUUGAUUAUCAAAUUCCCACACACAACAGAAACCGAUAUCUACACUAAAUCCCUUCCUUUCUCCAAUUCUCUCAAUGUCAUCAACCUUCCAGAAUGCUCUCUCCCCCCUAAUUCCAACCCAGGUUCCGCCAUGACAGCUCUCCUUGAAGCUCAGAAACCAAACGUCAAACAAGCCGUAUCUAACCUCACUACUGGAGAAGGACAGCAUGGACACCUUGCUGCCUUCGUUGUUGAUAUGUUCUGCACCACCAUGACUGACGUUGCCAAAGAGUUUUCUGUCCCUACCCUCGUUUUCUUCACUUCUAGUGUUGCUUUCCUUGGUUUGAGUCUUCAUCUUCACACUAUCCGUGAACGAGACAACGUAGAUUCAACUCAGUUGCUGCAACUCACCGAGUUGGCCGUCCCGAGUUUUGCUAACUUGGUUCCAACAAAAUCUUUGCCUAGUUCUGUGGUACUCAAGAAAUGGGAGUCAUUUAUGAUGGCCUACUGGAACGGGCUAAAAAAUGCCGAUGGCAUUAUAGUAAAUUCAUUUGAAGAGCUAGAAUCCCAUGCGGUUGAUUCGUUUGUAUCCGAUCCCGGUCUAGCUGGUAUAACACUAUAUCCAGUGGGACCCAUACUAAAUUUGGAGCACAAAACCAAAGACAUGGAUGAAUCUCAUGACAUAAUCAAGUGGCUUGAUGUCCAACCUCCUUCCUCGGUAGUUUUCCUCUGUUUUGGAAGUAAGGGUACUUUCGACGAGGAUCAGAUUAAAGAGAUUGCUUUUGCAAUUGAGAAUAGUGGAGUCCGUUUUAUAUGGUCUCUUCGAAAACCUCCCCUAAAAGGUACGAUGGAUGCGCCUUCUGAAUACUCUCUUUCUGAUUUAGGUUUGAUUUUACCUAAAGGUUUUUUAGAUCGAACAGUAGAGAUUGGAAGGGUCGUUGGAUGGGCCCCACAAGUUCAAAUAUUAGCCCAUCCAGCAAUAGGAGGAUUUGUAUCCCAUUGUGGUUGGAAUUCAACACUCGAGAGCAUUUAUUUUGGUGUGCCUAUUGCUACAUGGCCUAUUUUCGCAGAACAACAGAUUAAUGCUUUUGAAUUGGUGUGUGAGUUGAAGAUGAGUGUGGAGAUUGCAUUGGAUUAUAAUGUGGACUUUGGUGGUGAGCCUAACUAUUUUAUAACUGCUGACAAAAUUGAGAAAGGAAUAAAGAGUGUGUUGGAUAAGGAUGGAGAGGUAAGAAAGAAAGUGAAAAUGAUGAGUGAAAAUAGUAGAAAGACUUUGUUAGAAGGAGGGUCUUCUUAUACUUAUUUGGGACGUUUAAUUGAUUAUAUUGUGAAUCAAACAUCAAAUUGAAGUAUUUUAAUAUCCAUUUACAUAAAUGCAAUAGGAAAUUGGUUUAGGUUUCAACUUUUAUAAUGUUUGAUUUCUAGAUUUGGAAUUUUUCUAUUUUCAAUUACAUUAAUUUUCUUGGCUACGUUUCAAGUAAGAUUGAUAUUUUUAUACUCAGUUA